AUGGCGGACGCAGAUUUCAAUCCUGACUCUGUCAACCUCACAGCUAUUGUUGAUCAAGAUGGAGACAUCAGAGACAUCAUCUGCUUUCUCAAUGCUGGCGACAACGACUACAAUGGACAGCUUGGUGCACGUGUUUCGGCUCUAUUCGUCAUCCUUGUCAUUUCGUCGGCAGCCACCCUGUUCCCCGUCCUGGCCACUCGUGUCCGACGUCUACGAAUCCCUCUCUAUGUCUAUCUCUUUGCCCGAUACUUUGGCUCCGGAGUCAUCAUUGCCACUGCCUUCAUCCAUCUCCUCGACCCUGCCUAUGAGGAGAUUGGACCGGCUAGUUGCGUCGGCUUGACUAGUGGCUGGGCUGAAUACACCUGGCCCCCUGCACUGGCUCUGACUUCAGCCAUGCUCAUCUUCCUGAUGGAUUUCUUGGCCGAGUACUACGUCGAGAGGAAGUACAAGCUGGCACACGUCGAAGUCGAGGGCACUAUUACAUCGGAUCCCACUGUUCCUCACACUCAUCAAGGACAUCAAGGACUUCACUCGGCUGACCAGGACGGCCCAAUUCCUCCUCUCAACCAGAAGCCUGAAGAGCACAGCCACGCUUCUAGCGAUAAGUUCGCUUCCAGCGAUAAUCUCGAUGUGGAAGAGCUCAAGCACCUUGAUGGCGAGUCUAAGGAAUCUGUCAUGGGCUUCGAGUCUCAGAUCGCUGCAUUCUUGAUUCUCGAAUUCGGUGUCAUCUUCCACAGUGUCAUCAUUGGUCUCAACCUCGGCGUCGUCGGCGAUGAAUUCAAGACCCUGUACCCUGUCAUCGUCUUCCACCAAGCCUUCGAGGGCCUGGGUAUUGGCGCCCGUCUGAGUGUCAUUCCCUUCCCCAAGCGCUUCAAAUGGAUGCCCUGGGCUCUCUGCCUGGCCUACGGCUUGACAACCCCUAUCGCUAUUGCCAUUGGCCUCGGUGUGCGAACUACCUACAACAGUGGUUCCUUCACUGCCAAUGUCGUGUCUGGUGUCCUCGACGCUAUUUCUGCCGGUAUCCUCAUCUACACCGGUUUUGUCGAGAUGAUUGCGCGCGACUUCCUCUUCAACCCUCACCGCACGCAGGAUAAGAAGCGACUGACAUUUAUGCUGGUCUCUCUCUACCUCGGAAUCAUCAUCAUGGCCCUGUUGGGUAAGUGGGCUUAA